AUUACAUAUACACUCACUCACACACACACUCUCUCCUUCACACAGACACAUACACACACAUAAAUACAUAUGCACAUGCACACACACACAAACACAGGCUUUUUUCUCCCCUGUGCAACUUCUUGGCAUGUUGCUUCCACCCACCCUCAUCUCCACAUGAUCUUGGUGGCCUCUCAAGCCAGUAUGUGGAGUCAGAGCAUUCUCUCCCCCCCCCCCCCUCUCUCUCUAUCUCUCCCUCUCCCGUUCAGGAAUUCUGGGUAAAUAAGGAUGCUCUUCAGAUAGGCGUGCGGGGGAGAUGAUUGACACGCUGAGCCGAGCUAAUUUAUGCCCCCAUCACAUACACACACACACACACACACACACCUCUUCCCUUCCCUUCCUCCAUCUUUAUGUGGGCAAGGUCUCUGGGGAGGACUCAAAAAGACAUGUUGCUUUUCUUUUUCUUUUUUUCCCUCUUUUUCUUAUCGUUUGGAUUGCUGACAUCUUGCUUUGUUCUCUGUUGAAACUUGACAAACAGGGUUUAUGAUUGAAUCAUAAAAGUGGGAUCUUAAGUUGCUCAGAGCAUUCAUUUUCACAGCUCACAAAGUAGGAAAAUCAGCAUAAUCUUUUUCAAGUAGGCCUGCAUAUACUAUAGUUGAUUUUGCCUACGUACAUCUUGAGUUGAUUCAAAUGGGCUCAUAGAUAAUCAUUUUAAACGAGUUGCUCUAGAAUGUUCUAGAAUGUUCUAGAAUAACCACUGAGUUCCUCCGGUCCAGAACCUGUUCCUCAACCUGGCCACUGGCUCCUGGGACACCUGAACCACCUCCUUAAACUGACAUAUUUUUAGGCUCGUCUCUCAGAUAGCCUUAUUAGGGUUUUUUUAAGUCUAAAAAAACAAAGCCCUGUGGCCAAUCAUAUCUGAGAAUCCUUCUCACGCGAGGAUGUAAAAGCUUGAUGUUCCGUGCUGGUUUUGUGUCGUGGACAGCCGUUGUAUGCUCUGAUCAGCUGAUAUGCUCUAAAAAACACAUGGUCUGGUUGGUGGUGUUUCACAGAGAGAACCUUGGUGCCUCCAUAGUCACAGUGAUGACUAUGACAACGAUGAAGAUGAUGGUGGUGGUGGUGGUGGUGGUGGUGAAGAGUAUGGUGAUUGUGGUCAUGGUCAUGAUUACACAGGGGGCCUAGGGGGGCUCUCCGAGGACGGACACAGUGAAGCCAGGCGUGACCGGGCAGUGCGGGCACUUCAGUAGAAGCUCAAGGCCCUGGCGCGGUGACUCUCAGGGGAGAGGUGUUUUUCCUGUUCUCACAGGAGUGUGUCCGGCCUCUCCCUCUCUCCGUGUGUGGGACUGUAGGAGGGACAUCCCCAGGGGAGAAUCGACGGAACUCGCAAGAAACCACACAUACACACACACCACUGUCUGACCAAGCCCUGGGCCCACACACACCCUUGAUUUUUUUUGUUGUUGUUGUUUUUGUUGUUUUUUUCCCCCUCUGUUCAACUGAAUGGACGCGUCGGACUAUGACGCGUGCUCUAAGCAAGAGUGGGAAUGACAGACAAAGGACAUCUGGUUCAGUCGAGACCCCUCACAAUCUCUCUCUCUCGCUCUGUUUCACUGCUGCUGUGUGUUUCCGUAGGCAGUGGAUGAGCCGCUCAGACACUGCCUCUCCAGGACUCUAGGUGGCAGCACUGGCUGUCUGAUGAGUGGAUGUGAAGUGCGAGCUCUGAGGUUGCCCUUGGUCGUCCUCACAUCACCAUGGCGACGCCACCUGCUCUCUGUCCCUGGGAGAAGCCCUGGCCAGCUUAAAAGGCUCUUGUCGCCGGGCGGAUUUUGGAAAAAAAAAAAAGUUUAAUCAAAGAAAAAACUUCAAAAAAAGUACUGUGUUCUGUAUUUGUAUUUUUACUGAACAAAAAAAUAAUAACUGUAAAUAUGUUUAAAAUGAGACACAAAUUCAAUAAAGAUGUUACGAAAAAGUGAACUGAAUAACUAAA